AUGCAACAGAGGAAUGCAACGGUGCAACGGGUGAGCGAGUGCAACGGUGCAGUGACCGCAUGCAACGUUGCACUGCAACCUGCUAUCGCCCGCACCUCCCGGAUAUAUACAUCUCCCCCAUCUCCUUUCUUUCUUUUCCCAACUCUUUUUCCCACUCUUCUUUUCCCACUUUUCUUUUCCCACUCUUCUUUUCCUUUCUUUCUUCUCUUUUCUUUCUCCUUCUUCAUCUCCUCCAUGAUCCUCCGCCUCACCAACUGCCGCCUCUGCGAUAAGGGCGCGCUUAUCUCGGGCGAUCUCUACGUCGACACCGCCAGCGGGAAAAUCACAAAGCCAACGUCAAACGCCACGGCCCUCGACCUUGGCGGCAAAAUCGUGGCCCCUGGAUACAUCGACAUCCAAAAUAACGGCGUCUACGGCGUAAACUUCAGCACGCUCGACCCGGCCGCCGACCAGCGCCGCCUCCGCCGCGCCUUGGCCCGCUACCUCCGCACAGGCGUCACCGCCAUGUGCCCGACCGUCACGUCGAGCGCGCCCCACGUCUACCACAAGGUGGUGCCGCUCUACGCCCGCACGCGCGCGGCCGACCGCACCGACUCGCUCGGCGCCCACCUCGAGGGCCCCUUCAUCAGCCGCAAAAAGAAGGGCUGCCACCCGGAAAACACGUUUGUGGACGCGGAAAAGGAGCUGUUUGCAGCCAUCUACGGCAACAUCGGCCCCGCCACCGUGGCCAUCAUCACUGCAGCGCCCGAGGUGCCCGGUGUCUUGGCGCAGUUCGAAAACGCCGCCGCCCACGGCAUUGUGUGUUCCGUGGGCCACUCGGCCGCCGACCACGCCACCGCGCUCGCGGCCGUGCGCCACGGCGCCUCCAUGGUCACCCACUUGUACAACGCCAUGCCGCAGCCGCACCACCGCCAGGCCGGAGUCGUUGGCUUGGUCACGGCGCCCGAGACCGGCAGAAACAGCCCUUACUUCGGCUUGAUCUGCGACGGCGUCCACGUGGCGCCAUCCAUGUGUGUGUUGGCGUACCGGGCCAACCCGGAAAAAUGCGUCCUAGUGACCGACACCAUGCACUUGUUUGGGUUGCCCGACGGCACGUACGACUGGGACGGCCAGCGGAUCGAGAAACGCGGCUCGGCGCUCCGCUUGCAGGGCACAGACACCUUGGCGGGCGCCGCCACGGACUUGCCCACGGGCGUGCGCAACUUGAUGCGCUGGACGGGCGCCUCGUUGGCCCAGGCGGUGCGGACCGUCACCAACAACGCGGCGGACUCUUUGAACAUCCGCCACAAGGGCUACUUGGACGAGGGCUGCGACGCGGACUUGGUGGUGUUGGACGACGAGGCCAAUGUGUGCGAGGUGUUCAAGUUGGGCGUGGCGGUGGCGCCGGACGCUGUGUUGUAG